AACUUAGUCCAACGUGUUAGAAUGGGUGGAAAAACGAAACAAGCGCCGCGCACCAAAAACAAUGCAAAGCCGUCGAGCAGCAGUCGCUCCGCUGAGCUGCUGGGCACCACAACGCCCAUAUUUGUGGGUUUCUCGGCGCAGGCCGAUGGAAACUUGGUGCCCUUUGCGCCUGGCUUCGCCAGCGCAGAGCAAAUGCCGGACACAUUUGAUGCCAGCAUCGAUCCACAGACACAGAUCAUACUGCGCAAGCUGUCUAAAAAGGAUCCCAUGACCAAGAAGAAGGCGCUGCAAGAGCUGCACGAACUCAUCACAGACUCGGAUCUGGAUGCACUGAAGAACAUUUUGCCCCUUUGGCCCAAAUACUAUCACAAUCUGGCCAAUGACGUUGAGCACUCGGUGCGCGAGCAGACGCAGUUGGUGCUGCAGCUACUCGUCUCGAAAUGCAAGCGUGCCAUGGCACCGUUCCUCAAGCAACUAGUGCCCGUUUGGUUGGCCAGUCGCUACGACAGCUAUGCGCCUGCCGCGAGCAUAGCCAGCAACUCGUUCCGAGAGACUUUCGCACGCACAUGUGAAGUGUGCUUGCAUUGCCAGAACGAGAUAAUUGAGUACUGCACUCGCAACUUGACAUUCCAUACGCCGGCGACGCUGUCAGUGGGCAAAAGUCUCAAGCCGGAGGAGUCGGAGCAAAAGUAUCAGCGUGUCGUCAUCAGCAGCUUCAAGGUCUUGUCUUUCUUCAUGGAGCAAACAGCGCAGGCGACAGAACAGGAUCAAUUGAAGCAAGGCCUAACCGCACUUUUGGCGCAUCAGAAGUUCUGGACCUUUGCCAAGCACAAGCAGCCAGCCAUCAAAGCCGCCUGGUUUGAGUGCAUCUAUCAUCUGCUACAAUGCCCUACACUGCUUGAGGUGCUCACGCCUCACAAAUCGCAACUGAUCACGGCCAGUUUUCAGUUCAUCGACGAUGCUGAUCCACUAGUUGCACCUCACGUUUGGGGCUGUGUACUGCUGCUGCAAAGCAACUACGAAGAUUGGUACGCUUCGCUCAAUAUUCGCAAGGCGCUGCUGCCAAAGCUCUCAUCCCUUUUGCGGAAUGGCUUUAAUCGCAAUGCUCAGGCCAUUUGUCCGAAUCUGUUGCCGUUUCUAUCGAAAAUAACAGUUGAAAGUUUGCAUGAUUUAGAUAUUUACGAGUUCUAUCAGCGCUUCUUUGAUGACCUGAAGACAGCCGUUGUGGGAACACAUGAUCCUCCACUUUCCAAAUCGGACACUUCCCUCAUGCACAAUGCUUACUUUGAGUGUUUGCGCUUUAUGCUGCAACAGAUUAACAACAAUACGCUGCGCACGGCUCAAGUGGAGGAAUUUGCUUUUGGGCUGCUCGAGCAGCAGUUGCUGGAGCCCAUAGGACAACUGCUGCGCAGUGAUGGUGCCCAUGUUAAGUACUUCUUUCAGCACACUUCGGCGCUUAUUGCGUUCUGGGAUCGUCAGUGCAAUAAUGAUGUCGAUAAGAGCUCCAGCACUCUGUAUGUGAAAUUAUUGAAUAAGUUCUGGACGCGCAUCUUUGAGCUGGUCACACAGGAUCUCGCUGUUGAAGAUGUCAAUGAGCAGCUGCUGUCACAUGUGCUGAUGCUGGUGCAGGAUUUGCAUGUGGCCAAUCCCAGCCUCGAAACGCAGAACGUCAAAUUCGUGGACUCGGACGGGGAAAAAACUACAGAUCAGAGCUCACAACACUCAACGCCCACAAAAAAGGUGCACGAAGCGGCCGCUUUCAUACAAAAGGAGCUCAAGCAGCUGGUCGUUAAGCUGGUCUGCAUUUGCAUGGACAAGGCGGGCAGCAGGACCAGCUCCUCCGUUCGCUUCAUCAGCCAGGUGCGCACGCUGACCAAAAUGUUCUCGGAUGCCGACUUCUACAAGAGUCUAACGGAAGCGGGUGAGCUGCAUGCUACACUGGAUAAAUUUGUGGCGCUGUUGGAACAGCUCAGUGAUGACUCCUGCGAGUCUGUGAUGGAUAUACUCUUUGAGAUCCUCUCGCUGCUGAAGCCAGAAACACGUUUCGAAUACAUUGCUGAAAACUUGUUGAAAAUCCAACAGCAUCGCGUGCAGAAUCUGUUGCUGCAUCGUCUGCUCUCUUACCCACUAUGCACAGAGCCUGUCGUUCGUCAAAUGCUCGCCAGCCCGGAGACUUGUGCUGUAAUCGGACGCAUUGCGGAGGAGGUUGUUGUGGAUAACAAUCGCGAUAAGUUGAACUUGCUGCACAAGUGUUUCUUUCAAACGGACACCGGUGAUAUUCUAAUCAAUGUGUCCACCGUUGACAAAAUUUUGCUGGCCAUGUGCGCACCACUGGAGCAAUCCGAUGCCAGCGAGAUGAUUGAGGUGUGUGGGAGCUUUAUAGCACAGAUUAUGCCCGUUAUAUGUAGCAAGGAGAAUUCCUCUCUGGCAGUGCGUCAGCAUGUAUUUUUGAGGCUAUACAAGUUUAGCCUGGAGCGACGAACGUGCGAUUAUCUGUCGGAGGACACACUAUGGGAAAUAACCACCUGCUGGCAGGAUGCGCUCUCCAGCAAGGACAUCGAAAUCGACGACGAUCUGCUGCACAGUUGUGCCAACAUUGUGGAAGACAUGGCACAGCAUGCUGAGAUAGAUGCCAGCAGUCUGGAAUGCAUGGCUGAGGCUAUCGCAAAAUUCGUCAUCUGCUCCACGGAGAACAUUGAGGAGGAGUCGCAGCGCUCAUCCCGCAUAGAGGAGAGCAUUGUGGCCCUGCUAAAUUCUAAAGUGAAGACAAUCGAUAGUGUGCUGCAAUUCGAGCAGCAUUGUGUUUAUCUGGAGACCUUGAAGAUUUCCAUCAGUCCGGGAGCAAUCCUCGAGAGCGCUUCCUUGGAUGAACUUAAUAUUCUACCUCUGCUGCGACGCACGGCACUGAAUUUUGCAACCAUCUGCAAGCUAGUCUGCCGCGUCAACAGUCCGCCGCUGGCACAGAAGUCAAACGAGGGCGAGGAUGAGCUAACCGAAGACUACUGUGAUCCCAAUGCAAAUCUGCUCAAGCAGUGGAGUGAGUCCUUGAUUUUAGAACUACUGCAGUGCAUGCAGGUGGCAGCUGCUGCAGAGACCUGGUUGGAAGUCAGUCCCCAGUUGAGUGCCGAUUGCGAAGAGCUUGUGCUGUGCCUCUCCGAACAGGUUCGUUGCCUUAUGGGCAACAGCAGUGAAUUGGUGGACAUUGUAAAGCAGCGACUACAGCAGACAGCAGCGCAAGAGAAGAGUGUGAUGAGCUGCCGUCUGUUGGGCUGUCUGGUGCACCACGCACAAUAUGCGGCUUUUGAGGAAAGCGCCGCAAUUCUAUUGCACGAGGAUCUCGCCGAACUGCUGGUCUCGCAAGGUGCUCUCAAAGCUUAUGUGAUGACUUUGCAGCAUUUGCUGCCAAAACUCUCACAAAAGGCGCUUAGCUUAAAUAGUGCCAUUAUGCGAACGGAACCACCUGAAAUGUGGGUUAAGGCCGCUGUCUUCCGCUGCUUGCUGCUCAAUAACUUCCAGUCAGAGCUCAAUGAGCCAACGGACCACAGCAUUAUUGUCUCAGCGCUGCAGUUUUUGACACGAGUUAAUGAGCAACAAAGUGUGCAAAAAGAGCUGCUUCACUAUAAUGUUGAGUUACUUAAGCAGCCUUACGAAGCAGUCUUAAAUACCGUAGAGAUAAUUCAACUGCUCAACGAAAUUCUGCAACGAUUUCCAUAUGAGCUAACCAUAAAAAACUGGGAUGCCAUACGCAUUGGCAUCAGCUCCUGGGUGCUGACGGUCUCCAAGUCUAUGAAACAUUAUAGCGAUCCAAAGACAUCUUUCUUCGUUGUGGCUGUGUAUCAACUUUUCGCUACGCUGAUUACUUUUAUACGCUCGGAGAAGCAAAAGAGCUCAACGCAGCUCCUGAAGAAUGUUAUCGACGAGUGGGAGAGCUUGUUUGCCCGGGAAGUCAACGUGUUGCUGUUCAAAUCAUAUUAUGAUCUGACUCACGAAUCAACUGUGCCGACAGAACGCCGUGUGUGCUACGAAGCACUGCUGGAGCGUCUAAUGCCAGGGCUGGAAAUGGUGGAAUACGGCUUUGUCUAUGGGUUCGCCAAAGCACCCAGCUCAAAGCUGACACUGGACUAUCUGUGCAACUUCCUGCUGAAACAACUUCACAGCUCACAGCACAGCGUUCGUCUUAAUGCGGUACAUUCUUUGCGCCAGUUGACGCCACAGUUUGUGGCUGACGAUAUUGAGUUGAAUGAUAAGAACAGCGAUAACAUUGAUACCGCUGCAUCUUCGACAAUCUCCAAGUGGCAUUUUCUCAAUCGUUUCGAGGAUUAUUUGAAUCGCUAUGAUGCACUUAUACGCAAAUACUUGAAGGAGUUCAGUUUCAAGCUGACCGAACUGGAGGAUCUAGAGCCAAUUGACAGACACGACGCCUACAGUUAUUUGCUAAUAUGGGAUUGUAUUAUAAAUGCCUGCGCCAAGUCGCCAGUUGCACUGCGAUCCGUCUACACCAGCUGGUUGAACGACAAUCACUUCGAAGAGAAUUUUCUGCACUUCCUCUUUCGUGCCAUGCCGAUGGACAUAUUGAAGAACCAUAGCGCCAAGGUGAUUAGCAAUGGUGUCUACAAGGAGCUUAGCUGGUCUCAACUGAAGGAUCCUCACCUCUCUCUGGAGCGAUAUGCUUGCCACCUGUAUACAGAAGUGUUGCGCAAGUUGCCCGCCGUGGUGCGUAAAUGGUGGAACACCAGUCCGUCCAGGCAGAAGAACUUUGUGGACAAUCUUACUACCAAUUACGUGAGCGCAUUGAUCUGCAGCGAGGAGUUGAAGGCAAUCGCAAAUCGCAAGGAGAAACAUGAGAAUAUGCAGGUGACGGUGCACACGUCCACUCGAGAAGUGUUGGCUGUCUAUGCGAUCGAUGAGGCACGUAUGGAGCUGGUCAUUACACUGGCUCCCAAUUAUCCGCUUGGCGCUGUCAAAGUCGACUGUGGGAAGCAAAUUGGCGGACGCGCCAGUUCACGUAAUGUUGGCAUGCAGCUUACCAUCUUUUUAACGCAUCAAAAUGGCACUAUUUACGAUGGUCUGACGCUGUGGAAAAACAAUCUGGAUAAGAAGUUCGAAGGCGUGGAGGAAUGCUAUGUUUGUUACACGGUCAUACACCAGGACACCUGCCAGCUACCAAAGUUAACGUGCAAAACAUGCAAGAAGAAAUUCCACGGGCCCUGUUUGUACAAAUGGUUCACCACCAGUAGCAAAUCUACCUGUCCCAUUUGCCGCAAUGUUUUCUAAUUGAUACACUUCAUUGAUCCAGCUCAUCGACACGUAUUAAACUCGGCACAACGAAAGCCUUGGCGAUAGUCAAUAGAUUUAAUUUUUGGCCCCUUCCUGUAAAUCGGUGUAUAACCGCAAUAAAUUCGCAAUAGUUUUAAUUUUCAA